AUGGCUAGUCCACCAACAACGAAUGGAAGUGUUAUGUCAAUGAAUAAUCCAUGGCCACAUAAAUCAUCUAUGGGAAAUUUAAUUGAAGACUCAAUUUCUGCAACUGCAAGAUGUUACACUUGUGAUGGACUUGUGUAUAUGGUCGAAAAGAAAAAGACAACGAAUCAUAUCUAUCAUAAUCGAUGUUUUCGUUGUCGAAUUUGUAAACGAGCUCUAACUGAAUCAUCACUUAAUGAAGAAGGCGAUGAUAUCUAUUGUGCAAAUUGCUAUCGAAAAAAACAACGAGGUGAUUGUAAUAGUUUAGAAUUUCAACGAGCAGCAAAUGACCGAGCACAAUAUAUUUAUAAUAAACAUCGUCGUGAUGUGCCAAGAACAAUCGAAAUUCCUCGACUACCGACAAAACCUGAUUUUGUACGGCAUCCGUCAUUAGCAUUGCGUCAACUUGAACGUAAAUUUCUGUCUAAUCCAGAGUCACAUAUAAAUCAUAAUGAAAUAAGCAAUGGAAAUAUUGAAAAUCAUCGCCAGUCGACUGUUACACCAAGUUUUUCUCGCCUAAUUAAUGUAAAACCAAUCUCUAGUAUAUUAUCAUCAAUGAAAGAUGAACCUUCACCAUCAUUACACUUUUCACCAGCUUUUUCGCUGUCACCACGUCAAUCUUUAACAACAACAUACUCACAGCCAAAUACAUUUCACGAAUUGUAUAAAUCGCAAAAUGAUAGAAGAUCUUCUCACCCAUUAGUGAACUCAAUCGAUAGUGUUCCAUUUCAAUCAAAACUAUUCAAUAGUCAUUUACCGAUGACUACAUCACCAAAAUCUGAAUCUGAACGAAAAUAUAGUAUCGUGGUAGAUUUGAACGAAGAAAAUGGACAUAAAGAUAUAGAUGAAAAGAAAAGUACAUAUCGCGUUAUAAAUAUGCCUACAAGUUCAAUUCGUGGGCGAAGUAAGAGUGCCCAUCGUGGAGUUUAUCGAUACAAAAUGAAAUAA